AUAGAUCUGUUGCACAACUUUAUUGAAGCGAUUAUUUGAGAGAAGGAGGAAGCGCUUGCUAUUUGGAGGGAAGUGUAGUCAUUGGUUGUCAACUAAGACCGACUCUGACCAAUAGGCGAGAAGUACGUUACCUUUAAAAGCUAACCACCAAGAUUCAGCAGUAUUCGUUGUUCUUUGAGACACAGCUGAGCAUCAUGAGCGGAAGAGGCAAAACCGGAGGAAAGGCUAGAGCAAAGGCCAAGACUCGCUCUUCUAGAGCAGGUCUUCAGUUUCCCGUUGGCCGUGUCCACAGGCUUCUCCGUAAGGGUAACUAUGCUCAGCGCGUCGGUGCCGGUGCUCCAGUGUACUUGGCCGCUGUGCUCGAGUAUCUGACCGCUGAGAUCCUGGAGUUGGCUGGAAACGCCGCUCGGGACAACAAGAAAACCCGUAUCAUCCCCCGUCACCUGCAGCUGGCGGUGCGCAACGACGAGGAGCUGAACAAGCUUCUGGGCGGAGUGACCAUCGCUCAGGGUGGUGUGUUGCCCAACAUCCAGGCCGUGCUGCUGCCCAAGAAGACCGAGAAGGCCACCAAAGGCAAAUAAACUAUUAAGUUUUAAUUCCCCAAAGGCUCUUUUAAGAGCCACCC